AUGUCCAACAGCACCUCCCUCACCCAGUUCCUCCUCCUGGCAUUCACAGACAGGCAGGAACUGCAGCUCCUGCACUUCUGGCUCUUCCUGGCCAUCUCCCUGGCUGCCCUCCUGGCCAACGGCCUCAUCCUCAGCACCGUAGCCUGUGACCACCACCUGCACACCCCCAUGGGCUUCUUCCUGCUCAACCUCUCCCUCACAGACCUGGGCUGCAUCUGCACCACUGUCCCCAAAGCCAUGCACAAUUCCCUCUGGGGCACCACAACCAUCUCCUACAUGGGAUGUGCUGCACAGGCCUUUUUCUUUCUGUUCUUCAUCUCAUCAGAGUAUUUCCUCCUCACCAUCAUGUGCUACGACCGCUACGUUGCCAUCUGCAAACCCCUGCACUACGGGACCCUCCUGGGCAGCAGAGCUUGUGCCCACAUGGCAGCAGCUGCCUGGGCCACUGGCUUUCUCGAUGCUCUGCUGCACACAGCCAAUACAUUUUCCCUGCCCCUGGGCCAGGGCAAUGCCCUGGGCCAGUUCUUCUGUGAAAUCCCACACAUCCUCAAGCUCUCCUGCUCCCACUCAGGUUACCUCAGGGAACUUGGGCUCAUUGUGGCUAGUGUCUGUUCAGCAUUUGGGUGUUCUGUUUUCAUUGUGUUCUCCUAUGUGCAGAUCUUCAGGGCUGUGCUGAGGAUCCCCUCUCAGCAGGGACGGCACAAAGCCUUUUCCACGUGCCUCCCUCACCUGGCCGUGGUCUCUUUGUUUAUCAGCACUGUCAUGUUUGCCUACCUGAAGCCCCCCUCCAUCUCCUCCCUGAUGCCAAUUUGUGCCCCCAAAAAAGGCGCGGAAGAACUGCUCAGAGACAGAAUUUUCAGUCUAUAA